AUGCAACUUUUUUUCUUGUUCAAUUCCUUCAUCAUACUCACUGCGAAGGCCUUUGAUCGAUUCUUUUCUCAUUCUCACUUUUUCUGUUGCCAAUUAUCUCCCCUUCUUUUUCUUCUUCUUCUUCUUCUUCUUCUUCUUCUUAUCAUUAUUAUUUCCUUAUUUUCUCAAGUGUCUUCCUUAUCUUCUAUUCGCCAUCUACCAAUUCUUCUUCUUGUUUUCCUUCUUCUUCUUCUUCUUCUUUUCUUCUACUUCUUCUUCUUCUUCUUUUCUUCUACUUUUUCUUCUUCUUCUUCUUCUUCAUCUUCUUCUUUUCUUCUUCUUUUCUUCUUCUUCUUUUCUUCUUCUUCUUCUUCUUCUUCUUUCUUCUACUUUUUCUUCUUCUUCUUCUUCUUCUUCUUCUUUUCUUCUUUUUUCUUCUUCUUUUCUUCUUCUUCUUCUUCUUCUUCUUCUUUUCUUCUUUUUCUUCAUCUUCUUCUUCUUUUCUUCUUCUUCUUCUUCUUCUUCUUUUUCUUCAUCUAUUUCUUCUUCUACUUCUUCUUCUUCUACUUUUCUUCUUUUUCUUCAUUUUUCUUCUUCUUCUUAUAUUUCUUAUUAUUAUUCUUCUUCUUCAGCUUCUUUUUCUUAAUCUUAUUUCUUUUCUUCUUCUUCUUCUUCUACUUCUUCUUCUUCUUGCUCUUGUUCUUGAUCUUCUUUUCUUCUUCUUACUUCUUCUUUUUCUUCUUCUUCUUCUUAUAUAUUAUUAUUAUUAUUAUUCAGCUUCUUUUUAUUAAUAUUAUUUCUUUUCUUCUUCUUCUUCCCUUUUCUUCUCUUCUUGCUCUUGAUCUUCUUCUUCUUCUUCUUCUUCUUCUUCUUAUUAUUAUUAUUAUUAUUUUCUUAUUUUCUCAAGUGUCUUCCUUAACUUCUAUUCGCCAUCUACCAAUUCUUCUUCUUGUUUUCCUUCUUCUUCUUCUUCUUCUUCUUCUUCUCUGCUACUACUUCUUCUUCUUCUUCUUCUUCUACCUAUUCUUCUUCCCUUUUUAUUAUAACAUUUUCUUUAUUUUUCCUUACUAUGAUUUCACUGCCUACUGUUUCUUCUUCUUUUAUUAUAAGUAUGCUUUAUUAGCUCCUACAAUGUCUUCUUUAUCUUCCAUUCAACGCCUACCAUUUCUUCUUUUUUCUUUCCUUUUAUUAUAUGCCCUUUCUUCUCCAUUCUCUCUUCCUAUCACAAAGAACUGGAUACAUACCACGAAAUCUAUCUAUCUAUCUAUCUAUCAAUCUAUCUAUCUACCAUUUCCUUUCUCAUUCAUUGUCUCUUUAAUUGUGAUCUAUCUAUCUAUCUAUCUAUCUAUCUAUCUAUCUGUACACCCAAUUACUUAUGUGAAGAUUGGAAUAAAUUUUCUCGCAUUGUUAAGUAAACAUAUCCACUAA